AUGACGAGUACACCAGCGACGGAUGGAUUUUCUUCUUGGAAUAUCAUGAGAGAUGUGACGAACGAAAUGUCAGUUUCAGCUACUAAACGGGAAAUCUCUCUUGAUCACGUACAAUGCCUUCAAUCAUUCUCCCAAGAAGAAAAUGGUUAUCAUGGAACAAGUUUAGCAGAACUAAACAAUGCUAUAGACUCCACAAAGCAACAGGUAAGUGACCUUAGUCACCUUCAUAGAGAAGUGCUCCACCGUUUCCACACUGAUAUCAAACACUUACAGCGUGCAUUGCAACAGUCAAAAAAUGAAAACUCAAUGCUACGAAAAAUGCAUCAUGACACAAUUAUCGAGUUGGAGCGAUGGCGCAUGGAGUGCCAAGACCUCAAGCAUAGAUUAGGUUUAACAGAUACAUCUUCAUUAAACCCAAUAAAUACCAUUAGUCGGGAACGGUACAAUGACCUGGAAAGGCGACACCGUCUCCUUCACAAAGAAUUUGACGAGCUCAGAUCUGAGAAAGCAGAGGUGGAACGGCAACUCCAUAGUACGCAGAAGGUAUUAAACACCAUUGGGAAUGGACUAGACUACUUGGGACGUGAGUUGCCUCUUCUGUGUCCGCCCAACACCACACAUGAUGUGUAA